AUGCCCGCUGGGAUGGUGAAUGAGCAGCAGGGACUUGCGAGGGAGAAGAGCAUGGCACCUGUGGUGGAGGCAGGCAAGCAGUGUGGGAGUGAGAGGGCACCUGCAGCGGCGAGCAAGCAGCCUGGGAGUGAGAAGGUGAUGAAUGUGAUGCUCUCUGAGUUGGCAAAGGUGAGUGAGGCACCUGGGAGUGAAACAGUGACAAGUGUGGUGCUUGCUGCGGCAGAGGCAAAUGACCAGUGCGCGAGCAAGAUGGCAACAAACAUGACUCUUUUUGGUGAGUCAGCAAAAGCGAGUGAGGUACCCGGGAACGGGAUAAUGAAGAACGUGAUGCCCUGGGCCCUGGCAAAGUUGAGGGUGGUGCACGAGAGCAAGGGGGUGAUGCAUGGGGUGCUUGCAGAGGUGAACAACCAAUGUGGGAGCGAGAGGGUGACAAACAUGGCUCCCUUUGGUGAGUCAGCGAAGGCGAGUGUGGUGCCCGGGGAUGGGAUGGCAAAGAACACGACACCUCAGGCCCCAGCAAAGGUGAGUGUGGUGCCCGGGAGCAAGGUGGCAAUGAGCGAGGUGCUUGUGGAGGCGAACAACCAGCACGGGAGCAAGAGGGCAAUGAAUGCGACACUCUUGGCAAAAGUGAACGAGGUGCGCAGGAGCAAAGGGGCAAUGACUGCAGGACUGGUAGAGGCAAAUGAGCAGCACAGAAGCGAGAGGGCAAUGAACACGACUCUCUCCGAGUUGGUGAUGGUGAACAAGGUGUCCGGGCACAAGGCGGCGAUGAAUGUGACACUCUUGGCAAAUGCGAACAAGGUGUGUGGGAGCGGGCUCGAGAUGAGCUGGGGCCACCUGAGUGGGUGGCACACGAACAAGACGAGGUAG